AGAACACCACCGACGGAAUCAACAACACACGUAGCUAGAUAGCCAGGCAUCUAGUUCAUAAACUAUUGCUGACGAUAAUUUUUUGUAUAAACACCGUUUUCCACUGGCUUUCCAGCUCGUGACUACCACAAUCAACGCGUUAUCAACCAGUCAACGACGUUUGCAAGAAAGCUGUACCAGCAUAAUUUAUAACAUCGUCAAGCUAGUGUAACAAUCAUUCGCUGGUUCAAUUGUUGAUAGAAACAAUUUUUUAACGUUGGACAAAUAAGAUUGCGUACAACGAAAAUCUAAAUAUUUUUUAUUGGUAACUUUGAAGCUGAAAUUAUUUGUAUCUAACGUGGCUGGCAAGUUGUUGAUUUUAUGUUGUUGGCUGCACGUCGUUGACACCCCCUGGUUUUUGUACGUUACCAGCUAAGUUUAGUUUAGCUAGCGUUCGCUGUUUUCUUGAAGGUGACAAUCAGUAGGACAUAGUUUUUUAGAACACCCCGUACUUUUGGUGCUUUUUAUCUUGUCAUCAAACCUUGAGUGAAAUUCUACUUUUUUGCUACUAGUCAAAGUCACUAUUUGUUGGCAGCCUACACCAAGAAACGUUAGCCUAAUAGCUAUCUAUCAACGAGUGUCAGCGCGAGCCUUAUCGUCAGAAUUUUUGACCAACGUUAGCUCUCUAACUAGCUAAUAAUUUACCCACUGUAACCAGUAAAUAAACUAACUAACGUCAAUCCUGCACAUUUAUCGGUGAAGUAUUAAAAUAUAUACUUUGCAGUGCAGCUAUUACUGGUAUCGACAAGCAUUGUUGCACAGAGAAGGCUAACCAAGCUCUAGCUGACUACGUCCGAUUAUUGCACACAUACAUUUUGACCCAGGAUUGUGAUUUUAUUGGUGUUAUUGUUGAACAUGGCGGCUAUCGAAAUGGUGCAGAUGUUGAUUGAAGCAGCCGAGUACCUUGAUCGCAGGGAAAGAGAAGCUGAACAUGGCUAUGCUUCCAUGUUACCGUUCACCAGCAGCAAAGAACGGGACAGUCUAAAGCGGAAAAACAAAAGCAAGAAAAAUUUUAGUAGCAGGUCUACGCACAACGAAAUGGAGAAGAACAGGCGGGCAAACCUACGGCUGUGCUUAGAGCGCUUGAAAUCCCUUGUUCCCUUGGGACCAGACACCAGUAGACACACCACCCUCAGUCUGCUGAUGAAGGCUAAGGAGCACAUCAAGAGGCUGGAGGAGAGCGAGCGGAGGGCCCAGCACGCCCUGGAGCAGCUUCAGAGGGAACAGAGGCACCUGCAGCGCCGGCUGGAGCAGCUGGGAGUGGAGCGCACACGCAUGGACAGCACCGGCUCCACGCACUCCGACAAGUCCGACUCCGACCAGGAGGACCUGGAUGUGGACGUGGAGGGGACCGACUACCUGCUGGGGGACCUGGAGUGGAGCACCAGCGGCGUGAGUGACUCUGACGAGCGCGGCAGCCUGCGCAGCAGCUGCAGUGACGAGGGCUACUCCAGCGCCAGCCUGCGCCGCCUGCAGGACACUCAGGAGAAGGCUGGGCUGGCCUGCAGCCUAUAGGAGCACAGCCUUGUACCCCCAAACCCCUCCUCCCCUACCCCCCACCUCCCAACACCCUUGUCUAGCUCUUCCCUCGCCCUCCCACCCUCCUCAAGUCUCUGCCAAUCAGACCUCACUCCCAACCCCCAUCUCCUCCUCUCUCCCUCCUCCUCUCUCCGUCCCUCGAUCUGACCAAUCCCGAGGCGCCUCAAGCUGCCCGCGUGCCGCCUCUUGUCCCGCCCCCUCUGCUCCCCCCCCCCCCCCCCCCCCCC